AUGUUGUCCCUCAUCCAUAUCGCCGUCGCGGGUCUGCUCGCGGGCUCCGCCAUUGCCCAGUCCAAUGCUGGUCUUCCAUCCUGCGCAGCCGACAAGUGCGUGACGGCCGACUACGGUGGCUGCGAGGCCUUGAACGUCGAAUGCAUCUGCACGCAAGGCGACUGGAUCGCUGGUCUCGCGUGCUGUGUUAGCGAAGCCUGCGACGCGGCCGGCCAAGAAGCGACCAUCGAUUUCGCAAACGCCAUCUGCGGCUCUGUCGGCAAAGCAGAUCUCCUCCCCACCACCGCAACCUGCGCCGCUGGAGCCACCCCAAGCCUGAAGGACGGCAGCUCACCUUCCUCCUCUGGAACUGCCUCUGUCACUUCUUCCUCUUCGGGCGCAUCCUCCGUCACCAAAGCUCCUUCCGCGACCUCCUCUUCCAGCGAGUCCAGCACCACCGCAUCUUCCGGCUCUGCAUCGACUGCGGCCUCUACCACAACAGCCGACGCGGGAGCAUACGGCGUCCACGCCCAAGGUGCAGGUGCAGGCCUCGUCCUUGGUCUUGUUGGUUUCUUGGCUGCACUUUAA